UUCGAAGGGUUCAGUUUGAGUUUUUUAAAAAAUUGGUAUGUCACCGUGUGAUUUAAAGUUCAAAAUGAUUGUGCCGUCCAGUGCUGGAGUGCUAAUUGUCGCUUCGGGGAUUUGUUUGUACUUAAUUAAUAAUUUUCGCAAAAAAAAAUCGGAAGAAAGCGGAAAGAAGCAAAUUGACGACAGCAGAUGCGAUUGCUGUCUGAAGCCGUUCAUUAUCGGCAAAGGUGUUGAGUGCUGGGACUGCAAGGCUAGGGUCUGCAAGAAGAGCUGCAGCCACUGGGACCUCGCGGACAACAAUUGGCACUGUCUUUUCUGCAACCACCGAAGAUCGUGGUGCAAAAGAAACGACAAGUGGUUUGAAACAUUCGGAGGCGUGGAACCAAAUGCUUUUGCGAUUAAAAAAAUUUUUAACACCACGGAGACUAUUAAUCUAGAAGACGAGCAUGUUGCUUUCAAUUCGGAUGCCGAGCUGGCAGCUGGUGGUUACGAAACGACGAACUCGAUGGAAAAUGUUCGGAAAAUAAUUGAAAAAAUAGUGGAAAGUCUUGUUGGAAAUGUUGACAAUACUCCUAUCGAUCGAAUAUAUAAUCACGCUGCUUAUAAUAAAUUUAUCGAUGAGUAUGGUGUAUUAUUCUCACGGAUUAUCAAGCAUUUGGAAUUUUCUUUGCGAAAUUCGAACAAACCAGCUGCAGAUAGACCCAGUAUGGCGCACACGGCUCUGCGAGAGCUUGUCGAACGUGCGGUCGACGAGGCCCGCAAACUACCGGGACUUGGAGAUACAGUAUCUACGAGAACUCAGCAAAGCACCAGUACUACUGUCGCCGAGCAAGAUUACGAGGAUCUACUUGCUGCUGCCAUAUUAAAUAAAGUAAUUGAAAAGUACCAAAAAGAUGCAGAUGGGAAUGUUGAUAAUUCGACAAGAAAAUUUUUAAAGAAUAAAAAUAAAAUGAUGUUAGACAAAGAAUUAGAAGACGAACUUGCAAAUUCUCCAGAAAACAAACUCAGAAGAAGGAUUUGUUCUGACCCAUUAUCACUUACGAUUGAAGAACAAAUUGAAGAGAUAACAACUACCUAUGCAUCCGACGAAGAGCCUGAGUGCAUCAAGAAUAGCGUUCUUAACUUUAGCAACGCUAAACGUGUCCCGUUUCCGGAAUUUGGAAUGGAUAUUGUCGACCCAUCUCAAGACUCGUCAGAAGAAGAAGACGAUAAUGAAGAUGAGAUAGACGCAGCACACGUGGAUCAUAUUACCCCAGUAGAGUCGUGGGAAGAAAAUUGGCUGUUCCAAAAGAAGAAAAUCGCGAUAAAGUCAGAACCCGUGGCCAUGUUAGUGCCAAACCCGAGCGCUGAAUACAGAGCUUUAAUAGGCGACAAAGACGCCGAGGAUACGUCAGACUUGUCCGAAUUUUCCGCGCAAUCCGACGACGAAAUCGACGAGGAUUUGAUCCAGGUCAUUAAUCACGUGAGACCUGAAGAAUCCAGUGAUACCAAAGACUCAAAGGAGGAAACUCUCGCGACUGUUACUGCUCACUCGGACGGCCAAGAUGGCCACCCGCCUGCAAGCGACAAAAUGGAGCCUGCUUAUAACGCUCUCAAGGAAACUAUUGCGAGCAAUGACAAGGAUAAUGAAAAUUUAUUUGGAGAUGAAGUUAUUGAGGAAUGUGUAAUUACAAAUGGCCAUUUGGAGGAAGAUAUUGAGGAAAAUUACGGAGUAAAAAAUUGUUUAGAUGAAUUAGUAGCACAAGUGCCAAAAACGCCGACUUCUACACCGGCUAGAAAUUCGCUUUGUGAAUAUGAAGUCACGGAGAUAAAUAGAAAUUUUUGUGAUUUUGAUAAAUUAAACGCUAAACUUGAGUCUAUUGAUAUUGAUGAUGAUGAUGAUGAUUAUGAUUCGUUAAUUAUUGAACAUAAUAAUGAAGAUAAUAAUUCGGUGGAAAAUGAAAUUGAAAUUUUAGAAAUUGAAGAAAAUACUGAAGGAAAAUGUCGCGAAGCAGCGGCCAAAAGCGAGUCCAAGGUAUCAGAAACGAAAUCAUUGGAGCGGAGCGAAGAAGUUCAAGAAACUGACCUUGAGCUGUCGGCUCCACCGCGACCAGGCACGAUCGCGGAGCGUGAGCACAAGAAGUGGGAAAACGCGGCGCCUAUUGAAAAUAAUCCUUACAGUCCUGAGAAUAUUAACAAGCGGCUCUUGGAGCGCCAGUAUGCCACUAGAUCAUCUGACGUCACUGGAAAUUCUAAUGUAUUACCAACUAGUCAAAGUCCUCCACUACAAAUUCUUUUUGGUAAUAAUCGACCUGAUAUUAAAAGAUUUGGCCGCGAUUAUUAUAUAAACGAAUCAAAAUCUCUGCGAGGUGAUAAAUUCCACCGUCCAGGAACAUCAAAUUCCAGCCGACCAAGCAGCUCACUGUCUCAUCAUUCGAGUUCAAUCGGGAGCGAUUUCGAACAGCAGGAAGUCUUCGAGCCGAUCGAAGCGACGUCCAAGCUGAUAGCUUCCCAAAAUAAUUUAGACCGCGAGCGCAAGAACAGCAAGAAUGAAAUAAACGCGAAAUUGAAUAAUCAGAGCACGAAUAAUCCCGAUUGUAAAAAUUCUUUUGAUGAAGACAACAAGCGCAAGAUCAGGCGGAUUGACUUGAGGGCUUACGGGUUUGAGAACGAGUUCCACGUGAACAAGGAUAACAAUAACAAGGACCUGGAAAAUCGGCGGGUUCCUAACAAACUUGACCUCAGGUCUUUUGGGUACGACUCUGGGCUGAGAAGGACGCAGAGCAACAAUAAUUUGGACAGCAAAGUUAAUAGCAGUUUUGUCAAUCUUAAGACCAACGGCGAUGAUAAUAAUAAUAAUAAUAAUAAUAAUAAUAAUAAUAAUAAUGAAGAGUUGAAGAAAAGCAACUUGAUUGAAGGCUACUGGAAUAAAAGCACAGAAGUCUUGAAUAAAGAAAAACUGAUAGUCUUUGAGAAGUUCAACCGCAUGUCCCCCGCGAAAUCGGUCCCGAAUAUUGCAAAGACGGAGAAUUACUACGCGAUUGCGUCUUCUUCGGCGAGCGACGAGGACGAGAAGCACUUUGUCGAGCGGCUGACGAGGGACAAUGAUGAAAUUAAGAGGUAUGAUAGUUCGAUAAAGGAUCAUCACCGGAUCAUCAAACUGAUUGAUAGAGACGCUGAAAAUUCGGGCGACUUUAAUAGCUAUGAAACGGACUCGCAGAGUUCUAAGACUGAGUCCUCGGAAGAGCUGCCCAGGAGGUUUUCCACGAUCAAGGAUAUUAAAUAUUCCCUCGAUUCGCUUGAUGGAGGUGAUAAGUUUGUGGAUAAAGAACUUCCCAUGCCUUCGGUUAAGAAGUUAGCACAGGCUUUUAAUCAUACACCUGAAAAUACUAAGACCCCAAGAAUAAUAAAAAACGUGGUAAAAGACAGACCGACGACUCCAGAAAUCCAAAUAGUAAAAACGCCAAGGCAGAUGCACAGUCUGACAGCGAGGUCGCUGUCCAAAGAAUUCCGCGAAGGUCUUAGACAAAUUUCAGUGAAACCGCAAGUACAGAGUUUGAUUAUAGAAGCUACAGAAAAAAACUCAACGAAUUUAGACAAGUCUAUUGACAUUGACGUUAUUGCGCCGGGGAAAAUAAAAAAUGAGCUCGAGUUUUGGGAGCAGCUUCAGAAGCGAAAUUAAUUUUGUAAAAU